AUGGAAGAAAGAAACCACACCACAAUAACUGAUUUCGUCCUUCUGGGAUUUACAACAAAUCCCAAACUACAAGUGAUCUUGUUUGUAGUAUUUCUAAUAAUAUAUCUCAUCAGCUUGGCAGGGAACAUCACACUAAUUGCACUAAUCAGUAGCAGCCCUCACCUCCAUACCCCCAUGUAUUUCUUCAUUGGGAACUUGUCCUUCCUGGACCUCUGGUAUUCCUCAGUGUAUACCCCAAAAAUCCUAAUAAACUGUAUCUCUGAAGACAAGAGCAUUUCCUUUGGAGGUUGUGCUGCCCAGUUCUUCUUCUCUGCUGGCCUUGCAUAUAGUGAAUGCUACCUUCUUGCAGCUAUGGCUUAUGAUCGUUAUGUAGCCAUUGCCAACCCACUGCUGUAUAGCACUGCCAUGUCCAAAAAGGUCUGCACAGGAUUGGUGGCUCUGUCCUAUCUCUCUGGUUUCAUAAAUGCUACAGUAAUCACUACUGAAACCUUCACCUUGAUCUUCUAUGACGGCAAUGUCAUCGAUGACUUCUUUUGCGACUUACCUCCAUUAGUCAAGUUAGCUUGUAAUGUUCCUAAGAGCUAUCAAUCUGUAUUGUACCUCAUCUUGGCCUCUAAUGUAAUUGCCCCUUCAGCACUUAUCCUCACCUCCUAUGCCUUCAUCCUAGCAGCCAUCUUGAGAAUCCGUUCCAGUGAAGGGAGACUGAAAGCCUUUUCCACCUGUGCAGCUCACCUGACUGCUGUCACUUUGUAUUAUGGCUCCAUUCUCUUCAUCUACUCCCGUCCUAGUUCCAGCUAUGCCUUGGAGAGGGACAAAAUAGUGUCUGUUUUCUAUACAGUAGUGAUCCCUAUGCUAAAUCCUCUCAUUUACAGCCUCAGAAACAAGGAUGUAAAAAAUGCUUUGAAGAAACUUAACAUGAAGUUCAGGGGAGCAUAA